AAACCGUCUCCUGCGGUGCGGACUGGCGUUCUUUUAUUUUUGCAAGUCCCGGUUAUAUUGUAAUUUUGCCGCAAUUCUUUUCAAACUACGGGUUUACACCAUUGGUGCGCCGCUACCUGACUAUGUUGCCAGGAUAACGUCUCACAGUCUCAGAGGCGAGGCGCGUGCGUGAUAUGACGUAUCGCCAGUAUCGCAUUCACCGGUUCAGGCGCAGUGUAACUGAGGGCUGCAUGGUGCCACUGAAGGCGGCGGCAAUCUUGCGUCCCAUUACCGGAUCCACUUUUGUAAGAGAUUUGUAUUGACUGACGCGUUAUCCUCGACGCGUGGCGUGUGCUUUGCGCCGCCGUCAAGUUCAGAAAACCAGCACCAAGAUAGCACUCGCGAGACGCGAUUCAAUCAUCCUGGUUGAAAGGAGCGUAUCGCCACAAUGCAUGCUUCUGCAAUGCCGCAGAGGAGGAGACGACAGGUCGAGUCGCAGCAACAGAGUUCUGUGGAACCGAUGCAAGUUGACGCGCCGCCGGAGGAGAAUGAAGCGGCCGAGGAAGAGACGUACGUCGUCGAAAAUCCAACAUUGGACUUGGAAGCGCACGCCAACAGCUAUGCAGGCCUUGCCCGGCUGUACCGACUCCUGUACAUUGCCGACCACUGCCCGUCGCUGCGCGUCGAGGCUCUGCGCAUGGCCCUGACGCACGUGCAGAACACGUACAACAUCGCCAAGUACCAGGAAAUCCACAAGAAGCUCAGCGAGGCUGUGGGGAGCACUCCGAACCUGCCUGAUGUGACUGGUGGCAGCAGCAGCAGCUCGGGGGCCGUGCCUCCUCUCGACAGCCAGUGGAUUGAGACCCGCAGCAAAAAGGCGGCGUUGAAGCUGGAGAAACUCGACACCGAUCUCAAGAACUACAAGAGCAACUCAAUCAAGGAGAGCAUCAGGCGCGGCCACGACGACCUUGGCGACCACUACCUCGACUGCGGAGAUCUCAACAAUGCGCUCAAGUGCUUCUCUAGGGCGCGCGACUACUGCACAAGUAGCCGGCACGUGGUCAACAUGUGCCUCAACGUGAUAAAGGUCAGCAUUUACCUGCAGAACUGGUCCCACGUGCUGACGUAUGUCAACAAGGCAGAGGCGACGCCAGAAUUUGCUGAUGGCCAUGCCAAGGACACGCACCAGAGCAUAGUGACCAAGCUGCGGUGCGCAGCAGGACUGGCUGAGCUGGCCACCAAGAAGUACAAGUCGGCCGCCAAGAACUUCCUUCAGGCCAGCUUCGACCACUGUGACUUUCCUGACAUGCUGUCCCCGAACAACGUUGCAAUGUACGGCGGACUCUGUGCCCUGGCAUCAUUUGAUCGCCAGGAACUUUUGCGCAACGUCAUCUCUAGCAGCUCUUUCAAGUUGUUCCUCGAGCUGGAACCACAGCUGAGGGACAUAAUCUUCAAGUUCUACGAGUCCAAGUACGCCACCUGCCUGACACUGCUGAACGAGAUCAAAGACAAUCUUCUCUUGGAUGUGUAUCUGGCUUCUCAUGUCAACACCUUGUACACCCAGAUCCGGAACAGAGCCCUCAUUCAGUAUUUCAGCCCGUACUUGUCGGCCGACAUGACAAAGAUGGCGCAGGCGUUCAACACGACCCUCGGUGCGCUCGAGGAGGAAUUGAUGCAGCUGAUUCUCGACGGACAGAUUCAGGCACGCAUAGACUCUCACAACAAGAUACUGUUUGCCAAGGACAUUGACCAGAGGAGCACCACCUUUGAACGGGCGCUCGCAAUGGGCAAGGACUACAAGCGCAGGACAGCUGCACUGGUACUGAGGUCUGCAAUGCUCAAGAAUCAGAUACACGUUAAGGUUGUCACCGGCUAUAGUGACAGUGGACGCAAAUAGGCUUAUCCGAAACUGCUCGAGAACGACGCCGCUUGGACGAGGGACAGGCUCAUUCAAGAUAUUAAAAGUGUGAAGCAUGAAAUGUUUGCAGGCCGUCUCAGCGAAAAGUGGGCUCUUGCAUAUUUUUGCAUGAUGUCAAGAAUUCUCUCCAAUCUUGCAAAAGACACUUUUUUUUUUCACGUGUUAUAAAGAGUCUUUGGACUGGUUGUUUAAAGAGUUGGUCCUUCAGUGGCUGUGCAUUGUUUAAAUGGCCAGGAUAUAGACCGUGUCUGAUGGAAAAUGUUUGAAGUGUUCAUUCUUUCUGACAGUCGUUAAAACGAAACCCAUGUUCGGUACUUAAAAAGCAUGCUUUCUUUGAACCAGGCAGGCCCGCUGUCUUGCAAGUAGACGUUCGGGUGCUUUUCUUUGCACACGAACCUUUGGUAUUCACUUGUGUUUGUACUGGGUAAGAUUUUUUUACAACCAUGUGGCUGCCAUGACAUUUUAGAGAGCUCAAAAUAUUUUUAACGACAUGAUUAUUUGGAUAUAUGUAGUGCCCGUAUGGCUCUUCUUUAGUGUUAGCUUCACGUGUUUGUCUAAUAAUGCAGUGUGAUCAGAAGCUGAAGGAAUAUAUUUCAUGAUGAAUUAAUCUUGUCUGUAGGGUCGUUUCUAACUCAUAUUUGCAUAUUCUGAUAUCCUGGCUAGAUUCCUAAAUGCAUAAUUUCUUAAAGUAGCACGAUGUGUAUCCUUCUUAUUUUAGUUUUCGUGGAAUUUGGAAGCAUUGCAUCUUGAUGUGUAGCUUGAAGCCUCUCAGUUUUGUUACGUUCACCUCUGCAAAUACAGUGUUUAAGAAUUCCUUGAAAACGAACCUUUAACUCACUUCCGUGAUUGAUGAACAGCUUGUGGACCUCUGUGUUUCUUUCCGAUAGGUGUAGUGCACUCCUAUUAAAAAACAAAUGCCAGGGGAUAAGAAGAGGCUUGAGGCUCCCUAAUUUUAAUCCUCAAGAGAUAUAGCACUGUGGAUAAAGAGAUUGAUUGCAUGCUUGAACUCGGGGUUCUCCUGUUGAUGCUGUUAGAUGGAGUUGUCAGCAAUAGAAACCAUGCUGUUUACUUAAGAAUCUGCAGCUGUCUUUUAUGUAUCAUGUUCAGAAGUUGCGUGGCAGGUAUACUGAACAAGUUUUCUCUCAUUUCUACAUAUAUGUACAGCUUAAGCAAUGCGCAAGUACCAAAUGGUUUCCCAAAUUUCGUCACAUCCAUAGCAUGGUUGGAAUAGAACAUUGGCUGUUGAAGGGCGCUAGGCUACUCGCCAAGAUUUUCUUUUCAUUGAGGACAUCUGUGUUACCGGUACUGCACUCAUAAAAUCGUGCAAUUCAACGUGUUCCGGUGACCAAAUUUGGUGCUCUUCUCUGGUCACGUACACCACAGCACCUCGGCCAGUGCUAGUUGCCGUGGAAAUUUGGUGUUUGACAGGUUGACUGCUAAGUGGCAGGUGCUGGGUGACAGGUGGACUUUUGCCAAAGCGUUUUCGUGAAGGGCAGAUGCCAUGCAUGGGAUUCUGUUCAAGAGUUUUAAAUUUGAGUGUGGAAAACCCUGCACAGUGGCUAGAGAUGGAAUAAAAUAUUUCGACAGCAUGCCACAUCCUGUUUUGCUGUAUACAACUUCUCGCAUCUAACUUUGACAAGCUUACUGAUGUUUUCCACAAGCUGUGUGACAGCUAAAAACUAGCUUUUUACAAAACUUCUGUUGCAUUUCUUUCAAACUUUUAUUUUCUGACUCGAGCUCUAGGUUCGGAAGCUAGGAUUGAAAUCGUUGGACUGUACUUAAGAAUAUCGAUUGAAAGAAAGGCAAUGUGACUUGUACCAACCACGUGCUCAUGUGAACCUUGCAAAGCGCUUGCCAAAAAGUCUACAAGACACAAAAGUCAGCCUUCGGGUAAUCCUUGCACAUUUCUAUUCCCCAUCAUCACUCCCCUAAGCCAUUUAUAAAUGUAUUCCCAAGGCUUGAGAGUGGCACUGCCCUUCCACAUACUUUUCCACAAAAUUUUCAUGUAUGUUGCAUUGGUACAACCUAAAAUGAAACGUAACAAAUUGGAAGGGAUGUGAUGCCUGUCUGACUACAGUCAAACCCAAUUUUAUUGUAUCUAGUUCAGUCAAAUUAUCCUUCGUAUAGAAUGAUUCCUCAAUAUUGUGAGGUUGCAGUGAGAAUGCAUAAGAAUAUGUAUGAUUAAGUUGAGCAAGAAAUGUUUUGUUACAUUGACCCGGGUACAUGGUUCCACAUGCACCGGUCAGUGGGCACGUUUGUUUACAAUGUAACAAUGUUAACCGAAGAGCCAGUCGCCGUCUAGAUGUCUUGAUAAGGUGAAAUCAUUUCAACGAAAAAAAAAAAGCCCUUAUAGUCGGAUGCAAUUUUAGUAGGCAAGUUUCAUAUAACUUGUAUCAAAUUACACUCUAUAAUAAAUCCUUAUUUUUUUUAAGCUAGAUACCAGUAGUUUUCACUUCGUCUUUAAAGCGCGGGACAUAUACAGAAAUACCUCAGUAUUGUGACCAUGGAUAUAAGGAAUUGUUGGAUAUAAUGAACUAAAUCUAGAAUGUUUCUUGCCAAUAUCCAGCAUGUAACGAAUAUAAGCUUAUAAGGAAUAUCAGAUAUAACAAAGGUAUUUUCGUGUCGCAUGCAACUUCAUUAUAAUGACAUUAGAAAAAAAAAAUCAACAAAAACGUGUUGAUAGUUAGCCAGCCUCGUUUCGGGUUUCCUUUGUGUUGCGCUUCCUGUCCCAGUAUGUUACAGCUGUAGCCACAAACCACCUAAGAAUAAAAAAGGAAAAAAAAAGCCGGCAGAUCUCACACCCUGUGGGAAAGGAUGUUAUGCGAAGCAAUAUGCAGGGAGCCUACCAAGUUAACGAAACGACCAUGAGAGCACCAAGACAUAGGCGGCUGUUUCAUGACCUGCAUGACACGCAUGUCAUGACCUAUCAUUUAUGUUCGUCGUGCACUCUUGCCAUACUGUGCCACUUAUGGUGCCUGCCGAGUUACAGAAACGACCGUGAGAGAACCAAGACGUAGGCGGCUCUCAAAGUGGCAGAUGUUCGCCAAGAAAUGCUUCACAUUUAAAAAUGGCCCUGUUGACUUCGUGUGUGUGUGUUUUUUGUUCUGUGCCCGCUACGGAGGUGACGACAUGUCCGUUUGACGUUGUGUGCCCGGUGGUUUUCGGUA